AUGUUGCUAAGACUGGCAAAAGUCACUGACGAUGCCGACUACGAUGCCAACAAAACGUCUGGGAAUGUACCACGUCCACGGUCCGACUUUGGAAAUGAUCAUGGAUACAAUGGACUCCGGACAAGGUGUCCUGGGUCCAGGCGUCUUCUUAAUGUUUUUGUUGAAUCCCCAAGUAUGCUCUGGCAGUACGCAAAAUUAUCGCUGACUCGUUCCUCUUCCAAUCUUCUGUUCAUCAAGUUUCUUUGA